AUGUCUACUCGAACUGAGCGAGCAUGUAUGCUCUGUGGAAUCGUCCAGCCGCUCAAGGCUUUCAUUUCCAAGGGAUGUCCUAACUGCGAUUCGGUGCUCGACAUGAAGGCCGACGAUAGUCUGACACAGGACUGCACCAGUCCAUCAUUCGAAGGCCAGGUGGCGCUCUGUGACCCCAGCUCAUCGUGGGUGUCCAAGUGGCUGCGAAUCGACGGCUUCCAGCCCGGUCUGUAUGCCGUCAAGGUGAAUGGAAAGUUGCCGCAGGACAUUGUGGAUGAUCUGAAGAGCAAGGGUGUGGUUUACCGACCUCGAGACGGCUCUGCCCAGGAUUAG